UUUGGAGAGAAAUUGGGGCAAAAUGCCUCAUGUUUCCAAACAAUAAAAAAUGGUUUGAUUAAUGAUGAUUUCAUUAUAGACCAGAAUAAAUAAUAAGGUAACGUGACCAGGACUUGUCCAUGAUGGAGCAGCCCCUGAAUGCCCCCCCUCUCCCCAGCUACGGUCAGCUGAUGAGCAUGGUGCUGCAGGUCGCCGCGGGCAUGCGGUACCUGUCCUCCCUGAACUUCGUGCACAGAGACCUGGCCACGCGGAACUGCCUGGUGGGGGCCAGCUGCACCAUCAAGAUCGCCGACUUCGGGAUGAGCCGCAACCUGUACCGAGGAGACUACUACCGCAUCCAGGGGCGCGCUGUGCUGCCCAUCCGCUGGAUGGCCUGGGAGAGCGUCCUACUGGGUAAGUUCACGGCGGCGAGCGACGUGUGGGCCUUCGGCGUGACGCUGUGGGAGGUCCUGACGCUCUGCCAGCAGCAGCCCUACGGAGGGCUGUCCGACGAGCAGGUCAUCGAGAACACCGGGGAGUUCUUCAGGGACCAGGGCAAGCAGGUGUAUCUGCCGAAGCCUGCGAGUUGCCCGGACGACGUGUACACAGACCUGAUGCUGCGCUGCUGGCGGAGGAACGCUAAUCAGCGGCCGGGCUUCCAGGAGAUCCACCGCCACCUGCUGGACAACGCAGCGUAGCGCGCUAGCUACGCCUAGCCACUUGAACUAUUGUAGAUUCCUAGAGGCUUUGACUGUAAAUAAGAAUAUACAUGUAAACUAUCACUGCUGUUGUGUAAAUAUCAGCUCUUCCGGUUUAGUGUUAAACCGCUACCCCGACAUACGCACGAUUUAUACAACCAGGUCUCUUUUAAUAUAUAGGCCUACCUGGCAUAUUUUGUUAUGUGUUAUUUAUUAGAAAUUGUAUGAGACUGCUUCUACAAAUGUAUGGAUGCUGUUGUUGCCUUUAUAUUUUAGAUAUGUAAAUGUAGAAUAGUGACAUUUAAUUAUAUUUAGAUGUAUUCCUUUAGAAUUAGAACGAUACCAUAGCCUACUGUAUAGAUUUUUAUUUUAAAAUACUUAAACUAAAACUUUAUAAAGGAUUGGAUGUAAAAGAAUGUUUCAGUAAGUAUCUUUUUGUCUAUGAAGACCCAAAUAAAAACAAUACCAAAAACGU